AUGCAGGCCGAAGACCUGGCGGACGUGCUGCGGGGCCUCGAAGAGGAGUUCGAGGCGGGCGAGAGGCUGGCCGAGGAGCGGGCGUGGUGCGCGCCGGUGCCGCGCGAAAGGGAGGUCAGGACGGAGGAGGUGCGGGCUAUUAAGUCGCAGCAGAGGAGCGCCGCGCGGGAGCGGGAGCGGGCCAUACAGGGCAUCCAGGGCUCCCAAGGCGGCGGGGCGGCGGCAGGAGUCGGGGCGGACCGCGGCGCGGCCCUCCGCGGGGUCAUGGGGGGAUUCGGCGAGGAUGACAUGGACGUGACGGCGGCCGACGGCGACCCAGACUCGAUCGCCCUCCUCAUCGUCUGCCGGCAGCUCGACCAGGUCCGGCAGGCCAAUGAGGCAGGCGGCGACGGAGACGGGAAGCGCGGAUCAACGGCAUCACCCUCCACUCGGCCUGCGGCCUCGCCGUCGGCCAGGGCGGCCAGGCGGGAGGGGCGACCAAGGGGGGUGGACGGCGUGCGGCUGCCGGGCGCGGGCGAGCGCUUCGUCGACGGCCGGUCGCGCAUGGACUGGCGGGAGAAGGAGGUGCUGGUGGUCGACGAGGUCAGCAUGCUCGGGGCGCGCACGCUAUACGCCGCCAACGAGCAGCUCUGCCGGCUGCGGGGGUUCCGGCCGGUGCAGGAGCGGUCGAUCCUGCUGCCGAGCGCGGCGGUGUCGUGGGACGAGGACAGGGCCUUCACGGCCGAGCAGCGGCGGCAGCACGACAAGGCGCACGCGCUCUGGCGGCGGUUCACGACGGUCACCAUGCUCGACGAGCAGAUGCGGGCCGCCGGCGACCCCGAGCUGCGGCGCCUGCUCGGGCGGAUCCGGCGGGCGAGCAGGACCGGCGUGACGGUGGUCACGCCGCUCAACCGGAACCGCUGGAACCUCAACCUCGAGGCGGCGCUCGCGUUCCGGGCGCGGCAGCGGACGGCGGCGCGCGUCUUCCUCUCCGAGCACAAGUGGAAGGACGGCACGCCGACGGAGGAGGAGGCGGUGCUGAUGCUCGGCCAGGGCGACGACAGCGCGACGCCGGUGCCGGCCGUCUUCGUCUUCGUGCCGGGCAUGCCGGUCGUCGUGAACCAGAACACGCACCAGGGGCUGAAGGUGGUGAACGGCGCCGGGAACACGGCGGUGGCGGUGAUACCCGACCGGGCCUUCCCCGGCCACCGCGUCUCGGCGGAGCUGACGGUGCACUUCGGGCCGCCGGCGGGCAUCGUGCUGGCGUCGGAGACGACCAGGGACCUCCACUUCGUCGGGAUGCCGUCCGGGACGAUCCUGCUGACGCCCAUCACCGUCAAGAUCACGGCGCAGCGGAAGCGGCCCUGGCAGCGCAACGACGUCGGCCGGCGCGGCCUGCCGUGCGCCGCGGCCUUCGCCUGCACCGACUACAAGGUGCAGGGCGGGACGAUCGAGCGCGUCGCGCUCGAGCUGCGGGGGGCGAGGACGACGACGGUCGAGGGCAGGGCGGUGGCGUCGCCGUGCGACCCGUACAGCCUCUACGUGCAGCUCUCGCGGUGCCCGACGCUCGACGGCAUCAUGCUCGUAUCGGAGGUGCGGGAGCGGGACCUUAUAGGAACCGGGUGCCCGGGGAAAUGA